UUUGGCCGGAAUAACCAGGAGUUCAGUCUUAAAGAGGUUUAGUUGCAAGUGGUGUGCCUUCAUCCAGGCAGAGAUGUCAGAGAGGCAUGACAAGAUUCGAGCUGAAAUAGUGGAGUCCCCUGGUGGGAACGACAGUCAGAGCUGGGUGUCAUCAGCAUAGCAGUGAUAUGAGAACCCAUGUGAUUUGAUUAUAGGCCCCAAGGAAGUGGUGCAAAGAGCUAUUUGCAAAGCGAAAGGGCCCCAUCACUGAGCCCUGGGGGACCCCUGUGAAUAGCAAAUGGGGUGCGGAAGUUUGCCCCAGCCAUGACACAUUGAAGGAGCGCCCAGAGUGGUGUGACUACUGUUGAAACCAGACUUUUUAGGCUCGAGUAGCCCUUUCAGCGUUAGGAAUUCGGAGGUAUGCUUAAAAACAGCCCUUUCAAUUACCUUAGAUAGGAAUGGAAGCAGUGAGACUAGCCGGUAGUUUUCAGAUAGAGCACGGUUGACAGAAGGAUUUUUAAGCAGAGGUGUUAUCCUGGCUUGUUUGAACAUAGCUGGAAAUGUUCCAGUAGCCAGUGAGGCAUUGAUCACAUGAGUGACUGCUGGUGUGACUAAGGGAGUGAUAGCUUGAAGUAACCCAACAAGUAUAGGAUCAAGUGGACAUGUAGAAGGACGGCUACAUGUUAGGAGUUUGGAAACCUCACCUCACCCUGUGAGAGGACUGAAGGAUGCUAGCAGUGUUUUGAGGGAGGCAAAUAGUUUCAGAGUGUCAGUGGAAUUGCUGAGUUUGUCAUUGUAGAAAGGCGUUUUGGUGAUGCUGGAAGAGAAGGAGGACAGGAGUGCCUGGUAGUUUAGGAGAUCGACUGAGCUGCGUGACUUUUGCCAUUUUCUCUCAGAGGGCCUGAGGUCAGUUUGCAUUUUCUGUAGAGUAUCAGUCAGCCAUAGGCAGGGCUGCUUGGUUGGUUUGGUGGAUAGAGGACACAAGCUAUGCAGAGUGUUAUUCAGUGUAGAGCACAGAGAUUUGGUUGCAUCAUUGACUUCCAGAGCAGAAAAAGUGCUGAGUGGAGGCAGACCGGAGGUAACCAGAGAGGAGAGGUAGUCAGUGGACAAGUUUCGGAGAUUACAGCGGGAGGAUAUCAGAGGCGGUGGAACAGAGGGUUGUUACUUGAGUGAGAUGGAGAAGUGGAUGAAGUAGUGGUUGGUGACAUGCACAGGUGUGAGUGAUAGCUGAAUAGUUGCAGGUAAAGAUUAGGUCCAGAGUUUUGCCAGCUUUGUGGGUAGGGGGGCUGUGGAGCUGUUCCAGGUCGAAAGAGUUGGUCAGGGACAGAAAGUCCACUGAUUUUGAAUUGUCUAAGUGGAUGUUUAUGUCACCAAGGACAAGCAGGGGACAGUCAUGGUCAGGGAUGGAAAACAGCAGAGUGUCCAGUUCAUCCACAAAGUCAGGUAGCAGUAUUUUCAGGCUUAACUCAGGUUUCAGUGAAAGCAAGCAGGUUGAGAGAUACGUGUGAGGCAUAAGCAGAUAUAAAGUCUGCUUUGUUGGCUGUGGACUGGCAGUUCAACAGGCCAACAGCAAGGGUAGCAAUGGUAGCUAUUGCAGUCUAUUAGGAAAAUAGACUGGACUGGAUGAAAUGUUGUACAGCAUUCAUGGUUAUAAGAAGUGUUGACAUUUUUGGUCUUCAUCAAAACAUCUGGACAACUACUGUAAAUAUCAAUAGAUAUUCAAAUAUUCUACCGAAUGAAUUCUAAUGAAUUUAAUGAUGCAUUGAAUUUCAACUGGCAUCAUAAUCGAGUCAAUGUUUUGAUUUGUGCAAUACUUUAUUAUAAGAUAGUCCUUUCUUAGUCCCAUAACUAUGAAAUUGCAGUGUUACAGCAGCCAACAGAAUAUAGAGGGUGCAAAACAUGCAAAGAUAAGAAAGAUGUGCAUUCAAAAAGAAAAGAACAUAUCAGCACAACUGAUAUUCCCAUCAUCCCCAGCUGGAGUUUGUGUUUAGUGCUAAUUCAAGGUGAUUCGAGGUUCAAAGCAUUAAUUGUUGUAUGCAAAGUAAAGAAAGUUCUCUGCACAAUGAAAUUCUAUCCUUUGCUUUCCACAAUGAAUACUGCUAGAAUGCGCAAUAUUACCUGCUAAAAGUGUUGUCAAUAUGAGAGUCACUGCAUUCUGAUGUUAGUCUUUAGAUCAAAAUGCAGUACAGCCUCACAAAGCUGAUAGCACUCCUAUAGACUCUUGUCAUUAGACAUGAUAUAUUUCUGAUUCUUUGUGUCCCUCCCUGUACAAGUUCUCAGCAAUGGUUCAACGUGUGGCAGUGGUUGGUGCAGGCAGCUCUGGUCUGGCCUGUAUCAAAAUCUGUGUUGAUGAGGGCAUGGAGCCUGUCUGUUUUGAAAGUAGUGAUGACAUUGGCGGCCUGUGGAACUUUAAGGAGUCACCUGAGCCAGAUAGAUCCAGUAUCUAUCGCUCCUUGAUCGUCAACACCUCCAAAGAGAUGAUGUGUUUCAGUGAUUUUCCCAUGCCUGCUCACUAUCCAAACUACAUGCACAACUCCCAGCUGUUGCAGUACUUCAGGCUGUAUGCAGAGCACUUUGAGCUGCUCAAACACAUACAUUUUCAGACCACAGUAAAAAGUAUAAUGCAGAGGCCAGAUUUCUGUCUGUCUGGUCAGUGGGACAUAGUGACCAUUAACAGAGAUGGAGAGGAAGAGAGACAUGUCUUUGAUGCAGUUCUGGUGUGUUCUGGCCAAUACAUACAACCUGCCUUCCCCCUGUCAGACAUUCCAGGACAUGAGACGUUUUCUGGCAGGUGUUUUCACAGCUGGGAAUAUAAAGAUGCACAUGCUUGCAGAGGAAAGAGGGUGGUAGUGGUUGGCAUUGGCAAUUCUGGAGGAGAUAUUGCUGUAGAGAUUAGUAGAUCUGCAGAGAAGACAUUUCUCAGCACACGUGAGGGGGCCUGGGUGGUGGGCAGGAUGUCCAAUAAUGGCCUUCCACUGGACAUGACAGCUAUCACCAGGAUCAACAACACCCUCACAAUGCUUCUUCCCUCAAGUCUGCUCAACUGGGCAGCCGAGAGAACACUGAACCAGAAAUAUGACCACCGACUGUAUAGCCUGCAACCCAGACACAGACUUUUGGACAAGAGACCUUUGGUCAACGAUGACCUUCCUGGUCAAAUCCUGCAUGGAGCGCUCAUAUUGAAACCCAAUCUGAAAGCCUUCAAGGACUCGGGAGUAGUAUUUGUAGAUGGCACUGUGGAGGAGAAUAUUGAUGUGGUGGUCUUCUGUACAGGUUAUAACAUAAACUUUCCAUUCCUGCCUCCUGCUCUGUUUGAGGGGCCUCAUGGAGAGUUGAAAUUGUACAAGAGACUGUUUCCUCCUUCUCUGAUACAACCCACGUUGGCCAUCAUGGGUCUUUUCCAGACAAAAGGACCAAUCAUGCCCCCUGUGGAAAUGCAGGCACGGUGGGCUGUUAAGGUCUUUGCAGGUCUGAGCCGUCUCCCAUCUAAGAAGAAAAUGCUGGAGGUCAUUGACAUUGACACGAAGAGAAACAUGAAAAGCUACCCCUGCCAACGACAGGCAGCUGACCAGGUAGAUUACAUCCCUUAUCUGGAUUUCAUGGCUGAGGAGGUGGGGGUUCGACCAAAGCUCCUGAGGCUGCUACUGAGAGAUCCACUGCUGUGGGUGAAGGUCUUCUUUGGUCCCUGUACUCCAUAUCAGUAUCGUCUCACGGGGCCUGGUCAGUGGAACGGAGCCCGUCAGGCUAUCUUCACUCAGUGGGACCGGGUGGCUCAGCCUUUUAGAACCAGAGUCGUACCAGAACCAGAGAGCAGCUCGUCUUUCCUCUUUUCCAUCUGGCUGCUCAUAUUUGGAGGAACUGUCAUAACAGCUAUGCUUCUGUCUAAAAAUGAGAUUGCUUCAGUGUUGCAGGGUGCAGCUCAGAUUCUGGAAGGGUACAAGGGUUUACUGAAAGAAUCCUGGUUCACAGGUCAACCACAAUAACAUUAUGUACCAUAGGAUCCACAAUUCUGCACAUUAGGAGGUCAUAAACUUGGGUCCAGCAAAAA